AUGGUCAGCUUUCAAUGCGAAGGCUGCGGCGACGUGCUCACAAAGAAGAAGCUCAGCCAACACUACAACCAGUGUUGGGCCCCGGUAUCGUGCAUCGAUUGCAUGACCACCUUCCCUAACGGUUCUUUCCAAGCGCAUACUUCUUGCAUGACUGAGUCGGAGAAGUACUACGGCCAGUACCAUCGACCUGAGAAGGAGAAUAGGAAGAGUAACAAAGCUGAGAAGAGGAAGUCUAUGUCGCGGGCAAUGGUGCCGAAAGCAUAUGUUGAGGAUGCUGUGGAGGGGGACGAUAUGAAUGCUGUGGCGGUCAUCGAUGUUCCUCCGAGAGCACCCACGCCACCACAACCUGCUGCAGAGCUGGAGAAUGUCAAUGUGUUUGACUUUCUGCCGAGUUUCGAACGCUAUGACUCGUCCCACAAUCUGAGCCACCCGCAAAAGUCGUUCGUAACGCCUGCACCGAAAGAGCAGAAGAAGGACAAGAAGGAGAAGCGAGGGACAGAGAAGAGCGACAAAAAGCGGAAACGCAAUGUGGAGGAUCUCGACUUGUCAAGCGUAAAGCGACCCGUGUCACGAGAUCAGCCAAUGCUCGAUGCUCCCUCGACUGGCGCGAGAGUUCUACAUUCUGGGUUGACUGGUGGUCUUGGACGACUCGUGACAGACAGCGAAUUCUACGAAGAUCGCAUCGAUGCUGGACCCACACCGAUUAGCCCUUCGAAACGCAGCAAAAGAGACAAGGAUCUGCUUUCUGUUUCUGAGCCGAAAGAGAGGGAAUCGAAGAAGGAUCGUAGAAAAUCCUCGUACGUAUCCCACCGCGAAGAUUCCUUCUCAUCCGAAGACCGCGCUCGAGCUAGCAGAAAGAGUCGUCAAGCAGCAAUUGAGUACGAGCGGCCCAUGUCCGUCCAAGCGACUGCACGCAACCAAAUUGUGGCAUAUAGUCAGUCUCGAGCCGAGCUGUUUUUGAGUCUUGUCACCAAGGGUCCCGAAAGCCAGCAUGGUCUUUCGAUCAACAAGGUCUUGAAGAGAUAUCACCGGGAACGCGACGUCAGGGGUGAGAGGGAGAAAGACGAGGAAGACAAGGCGCUGUGGAAGAGUUUGCGGUUGAGGAGGAACGAGAGGGGAGAGAUUGUUGUUGUUUUGUGA